AUGGGAUGUUUUUAUAGCAAAAAGGAAAUUUCUGAUUUGCAUCCAAAUAUAUUUCGGGUUGUUAAUAUUGAUGAAGAUGGCACAGACCUGUGUUCCGGUCAGUUAGAAAUUACAGAUUCAGAUAUCAUUCUUUAUAGAGAAGGCAGAGACUCAACAGUAUGGCCACUACAUUCUUUACGAAGAUAUGGCUUUGAAGGAGAUUUAUUUAGUUUUGAGUCAGGACGGAGGUGUGAAACAGGUGAAGGAAUAUAUGCAUUUAGAUGUCGAAGAGCAUCUGUGCUCUUUAGAACACUGCAACAACAAAUCCAAUUAAGGAAUGUUGUCCAUGAUUCAGUGUCAUAUCCAGUAUCAAGAAUCAAUUCAACUCCUCAAAGCAGACAAACACUUCAAGCUAGUGUGGUACACAGAUCUUCAGUGGAUAAUGGACAACCAGAUACAAUUUUGAACAAUAAUCCUAUUUUGCCUUCAUUGCCACGUAAUCCAACGCCCAGGUCUCCAUCUAGUGCUGAUAUAUUAGAGGUAAUUCAACCAUUGAAUGGACGUACCCAAACAAGUACUCAUGCUACUAAUAUUUACCAAGUAAGAAAUUUUAAAAGGGAACACAAUAACAAUCAGUCUGAACUUGGAGAUGGGCGACAUAUGUAUUCUAAUGAACUUAAUAGGGACUUGGCAAUGCUUAGAAAAACCUUACGACGUGAAAUGGCUUUAAUUGCCAUCAGAGACAUUGAGGAUGAGACACAGUUUCUUAAAGGUUACCUACCUAUGGAAAAUGAAGGAGGACCAUCAAAUGAAAUGACAAAUGAUACUGCCCAAAAGUCACUAGAAGAUGAUAAAUUGCAUACUGAUCCUGCCAUACAGACAACCAUAAAUUCUGAGCUGAAUGUUGGUCAAAAAGAUUCUGUCAGAGAUCCUACCAGGCUAUAUGUUAAUAUAACAGCCAAUGAACAACUUGCCAUAGAACCUGUUAAAAAUGACACACCUAUCACACCAGUUACAUCCAAACCAGUAGAGUAUUGCAAUCUAACUAUUGGUUCUAACCCAGAGGUCAACACAUAUGCUAAUCUUAUGAUAGGUGAAAUGGCUGACAAUAUCAAAAAACAUGAUCAUAAUCACAAAUUUUCUGAAUCUGAUACUUUUAUGUCUAUGUCACCAGUAGAGGAAUUAGAAGUUAACUAUGCUGUUUUAGAUAUUGAUACAAAUAAAGAUGCUUUACGAACAAGUAUGCAAGCAGCAACCCCUGAGAGUCAAUCAAAUAAUAGUUCUAAGAAUAAUAGUACUGCAUCUUAUUCGUCACAUGCAAGGAGCCGAAUAGUAUCACAAAAUAGUUUAGAUAAAAGUUCAAGUACAAAUGCUGUACCAUCGUUAGCCACGGCUAACAUAGGCUAUACUACUAUAGAUUUUGACAAAACAGUGGCAUUAACUUCAGUUGCGACAGCAGCUGAUGCAAAUCUUGAUGGUCGUAAAAGCAGACAUAACUCAUGUGUUAUUAUUUCAAAUUCUUGUGAAAGGAAGUAA